AUGCCCUCCGUCGCCGAGAUCGAGGAGGAAAAGAAGGCGUAUCAGGAGCAGCUUGACAUUGUGCUCGGCCAGCUCCGCGACGAUGCUGGAAAUGCUGAACUGGAGGCGCUCAAGAAUGAGUUGAGUGACCUCAUCAGUCUCCUUGACGAAAACAUAGCCGAGCUCCAGCCUAGGAAGGCGAUGGAACCGGAGACUCCAGCCGGCACUGAGCUUUCCGAGAAGGAGAAAUGGUCGCGAGAUAAUCACCCAGCCUUCAAGAAGGCGCCUGCUGCCGAUGAGAAAGAAGAGAGCGCCGCUAGCUACCAGGUCAACGACAGCGUGAUGGCGAAAUGGGUAUCGGGCGACAAGGCCUUCUAUCCCGCAAAGAUCACUUCCAUCACUGGGUCCUCCACGGCGCCCAUAUACAUCGUCAAGUUCAAAAACUACGACAACACGGAGACCCUCCGCGCGAAAGAUCUUCGGCCAACGUCGAACAAGCGAAAGGCAGACGGUGCGCCGGCCACGUCUGCUCCCAUCCCCGCUGCUCCCGUGCCUGGACUUGUCUCGUCCGCAGAUGCGACCGUGUACCCGCAGGCUCAGAGAGAGGGCGAGGCCGACGAUGAUGCUGCCAAGGCGCCCAAGCCCAAGAAGAUCAAGGCCAAGAAGGUGCUGGAGGCGAACAAGAGCAAGUGGCAGGAAUUCAAUUCCAAAUCCAAGUUUGGCAAGGCAAAGAAGAAAGACAGCAUGUUCCGAACGCCCGAUGGGAUCAACGGCAGAGUCGGCUUCACCGGUUCUGGACAAGCCAUGCGCAAAGACGCAGUCCGUACUCGCCCCCAUUAUGACCCGGAACAGGACGUCGACUAG